CUCCGAUUCAGAUUUCUCUCUCUCUCUCUCUCUCUAAGCUCUUUCCAUCUCUUCUUCUGCUUCUGCUUCUGCUUAUUUUCUCUCUGAAAUCUGUGGAAUUUUGAUCGAAUGGCGAAGACAGGCAACAAGAACAUACAAGCCAAGCUGGUGGGUAUUACUUGGGGACAUGGGAACCGGAAAAACCAGUUUGGUUUUGAGAUUUGUGAAAGGCCAGUUUUAUGAAUACCAGGAAUCUACCAUUGGAGCGGCCUUCUUCACUCAAGUUUUGUCAUUAAAUGAAGCUACAAUAAAAUUUGAUAUAUGGGACACGGCAGGACAAGAACGGUACCAUAGCUUAGCUCCAAUGUAUUACCGUGGUGCAGCUGCAGCUGUUGUGGUGUAUGACAUCACAAGCAUGGAUUCAUUUGAACGAGCCAAAAAGUGGGUCCGCGAACUGCAAAGACAAGGAAAUCCAAACUUGGUAACAGUUUUGGUGGCGAAUAAGGCUGACUUGGAAUCAAAAAGAGAGGUGCAGAAUGAGAUAGGGGAGCAAUAUGCUAAAGACAAUAGGUUGCUUUUCUUUGAAACUUCUGCAAAAUCUGCACAAAAUGUCAAUGAGCUUUUCUAUGAAAUAGCAAAGCGAUUGGCGAAAGCUGCCCCUUCAAGGCCUGGUGGAAUGAAACUGCAUAGCAGAUCACAAGAACGGGGAAGAAGAGGGUUUUGUUGCUCUAGCUGAUUGCCAGAACUUGGUCAAGGUACCCCAGAAUUAUUUUGCAAGGACACUGUUCCAUGAGAUGGAUAUUCAUUGUGGAUGAUCAACGUUCCAGAGGAGCUUCACUUUGUAUGAAUAUUUAUUGUGUGUAUAUUGUAUCUUGCAAUUGCUUUCAGACAUUUGAAUUGUUUUUAUUUCUGACAGUUGAAUUUAUGUAUAUGUUCAAUUAUGCAACAAGUGAAUAUGGAACUGAAAGUGAAUAAAGAUGCUACAAUUGAAUUGUUAGCUAUCAAUUCAUUUAACAGCUUCAGCUGUUACAGAGAGAGAACUCUAAUAUUUAUAUUAUCAACAUGUUUUCUUA